UUACAGACCCCCAUUUUCUCUUUUCACACCAAAACCCUAAAACCCAGGAAAACAAGAUCGUCUUCUUCUUCCAACGUUUGUUCCCAAUGGGAACUCUUUCACUUUCUCUGCAUAAUCUCAACCUCUUUUUUCUCUACAACCCCAAUUCCACACCCCAAAACUCCAAUUUCUCUCACCAAAACCCCAAUUUCUUGCGCCAAAACCCAUCUUCUUCCAUUUCUUUCAAAAAUUCCAUCUUGAACUGUUCAAAAUCCACACAAAUUCCCGCUCUUUCUCCACCAAUUUACAUCAAACGCGCCACGAAAAUCCAAGCACAACGCGCUCUAUUUGAAUACCUUCACUACACACAAAACUACACUUUCUCUGACGCUGAAUUCAUCUCCAAAAACUCUCCACAUUUCAUCGAUUUCCUCAUCUCCAAAAUCAACAUCCCUGACGAUGGCGACGUUUUUCGUGCUCUCAGUAGGUAUCUUAUGUAUCACCCCAUUAACGAAUUUGAACCUUUUUUAGAGAGUUUAGGAAUUAAUCACACGAAAUUGGAAAAAUUUCUACCUAAAGGUUGCUAUUUUCUUUGUGAUGAUAGUGUUUUAGUUGAUAAUUUUCAUGUAUUGUGUUAUCAUGGGGUUCCGAGGAAUCGAAUGGCGAAGAUUUAUACAGAAGCAAGAGAAAUUUUUGGGUAUGGAAAUGGAGUUUUGGAAAAGAAAUUUCAAGCUUAUGAAGAUUUGGGUUUGAGUAAAUCAUCUCUUAUCAAGCUUUUUGUUUGUUGUCCUUUGCUUUUGGUUGGUGAUGUUGAUUCUGAGUUUGUUGUUGUUCUUGAUUGGUUGAAAAGAAUUGGGAUUGAGAGUAAAUGGUUUGUGAAUUGUAUGUCUAGUUCAAACACUUAUAGCUGGAAAAGAAUGAUUGAGACUUUAGAGUUUUUUCAUCAAGUGGGUUAUUCUGAGAAACAUAUGUAUGAUUUGUUCAAGGUGGAUCCGAAUUUGUUGUUGGAAGGUUUAGGGAGGAAGCUGUACUUGUUUUUAGGUCGGUUUAUUAAGUCGGGUGUUGACGUGAAUGUUGUCUGUUCUUGUUUCAUAGAGCAUUCUGAUAUGUUGUCGAGUAAGCGUGUGGAAAAUUUGAUGAGCGUUAUUUCUUUUCUGUAUAAUAUUCGAAUGGAACAAGAUGAUAUUGCACAUGUUUUGUCUAACUACAUGCAUAUCUUGAGCAAACAUUCGAUAAAAGGUUAUAGAGCGGUUUGUAUGGAGUUAGGAGUUCCAAAAGCUGAUUUAUGCAGAAUCAUAAACGAUGAUCCAUUGGAGCUUAUUAGUUUGGCUUGUAAACAGAAACAUAAAAGGAGUGGAGGGCAAUCCUAUUGUGUCCCGCUUAGUAAAUUGGAGAAAACGGCCUUCUUGCUGAAACUUGGGUAUAUUGAAAACUCUGAGGAGAUGGAAGAAGCAGUAAAAUUGUUUCCAGGGAGAGGUGAUCAGUUACAGGAGAGAUUGGAUUGCCUGGUAGAAGCUGGUUUGGAUUGUAGCACUGCGAUUAGAAUGGUAAAGCGAGUUCCUAAGAUUCUAGUCCUGAAGAGAAAUGUAAUUCAAAAGAAGAUUGAUUUCUUAAAAAACACUUUAGGUUACCCGAUAGAAUGUCUUGUGAGAUACCCAACAUACUUUUUACAGGACGUGGACAGAAUGAGUGCAAGAGUUUCAAUGUAUGAGUGGUUGAAGGAAAGGAAUGCAGUAAGUCAUGCGUUAUCCUUGAGUACCAUAGUUUCAUAUGAUGAAAAACGGUUUGUACAAGUCUUUGUGAAUAUGCAUCCUGAAGGUCCAACAAUCUGGCAACGUAUAAAAACUUUAUCAAACAAAGAUAAGAAUUAUCAGCUCCUUACAUGAUACGAAAUUUUGUUGAGAUGUAUAUACAUACACGCCUUGCUAAACCCUGUACUUACUUUUUAAAGGUAUGCUUGUUUGAAGCAUAGUUCUGUGGUUCUGCUGGGUGUUCUAGGCUGUGGUGAUUCAUGCAGGUUUAGUUGAUUGCUAGAGUUCCUUUCAAUAGAUUUAGAUUGGCUUAAAGUUAUGAAGUGGUACAUAUCUUUUUUUUAUCUGUUUGCUAACUUUGGCAUUUGGAAUGGUUUCUCUAUUGUGCUUUUGUUGUUAUGUGGCAUUUUGUAUUA